CUUCUUCAAUUUUCUCAGGGCAUUGGUAUUGUGAUUUGUUAGUCUUUUCAAAGAAAACUCAGCAACAUGUUGGAUCUGGUGAAGCUAUGUCUUGCACCUUGCUGUUCUUGCUUACAGAGUCCAGUUGUACGUGAGGACAUGAGCUAUGUGUUUUGCACCAAAGAGAAACUUGAUAGAUUAGAAAGCGCCAUGAAAGAUCUCAUGACCAAGAAGCAUGGUAUUGAUAGAGAGCUUAACCUCCCUGAAAACAGAGGAAAGCAACCCACUGAUGAACUUCAACUCUGGCUUCAUAAGGUUGGAGAAAAAGGUGAGAAGGUAACACAAUUGCUGGAUGAAUAUAGCAAAAUUUGUUGUGUUACAGGCCCUUGUUGUCUGAAUUGUAUUUCAAGGUAUAGCAUUAGCAGAAGAGCAAUCAAUUUAUUAAAUGAAAUAACUCAGUUAAAAGGAGAACAAUCAAAAGUCUCAUUCAUAGAGCAACACCCUCCUAAACCAGUCCCUGAAUCACAUAGAAUAGUGGGGCAAAAAAACAGCUCCAACGUUGAUAUUGCUCGCAGUUAUUUGGCAGAUGAAAGAGUUGGUAUAAUUGGCAUAUGGGGCAUGGGGGGUGUAGGCAAGACUACACUCUUGAAAAAAAUCAGGCAGUCAUUGUCAGGUGAUGCAAACAUGGGAUUCAAUCAUGUGUUAUUUAUCGAAGCUUCAAAAGAUAUUCAGCCAGAAGAACUUCGAAAACAGAUUCUGAAAGGUUGA